AUGCAAUUGACUUUAAAAGGUAAAAUUGAAAUUAUUUUGCUUUCCAACCAAAAAAUGCCUCAGGUCAAAAUCGUAAGAAAAUUUAAAACUUCACAAAGUACAGUAUCUAAGAUUGUAAAAAGUAUGAAAGAAAAAGGCACAGUUAAACGAUCCAAAAGGUUUGGCAAGUAA